UGUCACAGAGAGAACAGUUCACUUAAAUGCAGCUGCAGUAUUUUUGUGUGAUACCUGUCAGAAUCAUUCCCAGUGCGAGUUUGGGUUUGUGACCAUGAUGUCAAGAUUUGUCUGUCUUCUUUUCUGUGGAUAUAUUGCACUAAACCUGGGAAAUGCUCAGAAAUUGCCAAGAGUGAAAAGGCAGAGUCUGAAGGUUCAGAUCAAUGCAACAGAUGACACCGUUUGCAUGAGAUAUCUCCGACCAAGUCAAAACACCAAACUAGAAGGUUUUGUCCUGGGUUAUGGAAGCAACUUCUUUUCUAAUCAGUACAUUCCUUUACCUUCAGAAGGAAAAAACUCUGUAACAGAACUUGAUGCAGAGCCACGGUAUUUGGUUUCAGUAAGACCAGCACGUGUUUCAAAUAACAAGAAAUCUUGUUCAGGUCGGACCAAGACACAAAAGCCUCUGCAGCUGGUAGUUGGCACUCUCACCCCAACCUCUGUGUUUCUCUCUUGGGGCAUCCUAGUCAACCCUCAACAUGACUGGACAGCAACUAGUAACUGUGCUAGUGACAGGUUCUAUACAGUUCGCUACAGAGAAAAGGGUAAAGACAAGAAAUGGGUUUUUCAGCUCUGCCCAGUUACGGAAACUGUGAUUGACAAUUUGAAGCCAAACACACAGUAUGAAUUUGGAGUUAAAGACAAUGUAGAGGAUAGUAUUUGGAGCAAGACUUUCAAUCAUAAGACAGUUCUCUCUAAUAAAAAAGUAAAUGGGCAAUUCCAGAAUAUGUACAAGUUGGUACCCAAUUCCCAAACACAGCUUAUACUGAGUGAUAAUAAGAAGCUGGUCCCAGUCACAAUAAUCAAACAAGUUAUUCAAAAUCGGACGCAGUCAAAAACACCAGACAGUUCUUCUCUCCCAGGAGCAAUAUUAGUGCACCUUAUUGUUCCAGGCCUGAAUGAAAGUCAGCAGAAACUUUCUCCUCUCCUUACAAUAGAUGGCUUAUCUCCAGCAUCCAGGAAAAAACUGGCUCAGAAUGAAACUGGAGUAUGGCCUGCUGAAUCCAAAACACCAGAAGUUCAAGAAAUCUCCCCACAGUCCCUUCCAGCUACAAGUUCAGCUGACCUGGAAAAAUCUAUGCCUUCACUUUCCAGAACACCUCAUGUGUUAACAACAACUACGGCUUUCAGUGGUAUUCAGCCUGUUUUUUCAAGCCCUGUGACACCUAGUAAGCCUGAAAUACCAGGUCCUGGACCAGCAGCAACAAUUGAAUCCAUUCUGGAAUCUUUCACACCUAAAACUUCUCGUCCUUUUCAAUGGCCAAGUGUAACAUUAGCUCCAAAAGAAAUACCACUUAUUCCUUCUAAACUGAAACCAUCUGCUACCCCAGAAGUACAGCAUGUGAAACCUGCUCCUAAACCACCACUUUUGGAGCCUAAAACUUCUCAGACUGUUGAGCAACCAAGAGCAACACUAGCUCCUAAAGAAGCAAAACUCACACCUUCUGCAUCUAAACCCAGACCAUCUACCAGACCCAAAAAGCCACGAACUAAACCUGCAGCAACCAUUCCAAUGUCAGUCACUACUAGGAGUCCCUACACAUAUGAACGUCCAAAGACUGCAGAGGUCUUGGAUUCUAUUACACUUAGAACUGAACCACCAAGGCCAACGAUAGCUCCAAGGGAGACUCCACGUGUUCCUUCUAAACCUAAAACUUCACCCAAACCUCAUAUCCCACAAGCCAAAGAUGUCCUGGAAUCCAUAACAUUUAGAACUGAUCAACUAAAACCAACAAUAGUCCCUAGGGAACCACACCAUGUUCCUUCCAAACCCCGAACAUCACCAAGCUCAGAGAUGUCACAACCAAAACCUGCUCCUAAAGAUACACGUCCAGGGCCUUCCAAAUCUAAAACUUCACCCAGUCCACGUGUUCCUCCAACUAGAGCAAGUCCAAAAGAAAGUCGACGAGUCCCUUCGAAGCCCAGGGCAUCACCAAGUCCAGAUGUACCACACACAAAACCUGCUUCUAAAGAACCACAAUAUAUUCCCUUUAAACCUAAAGCAACCCCCAUCCCAGAUGCUCCACGCAGGAAGCCUGAAAUCUUUCCAACUUUUGGUGAACCAGAUACUACUAUGAUUCCUCGUAUUCCUGAAAGAACAAAGGCAACAUUGGCUCCAACUGAAAAACAGUUCAUUCAUACCAAACCAAAAACAACUGAAAAACCAAGAGUGCCUCACACCAAACCUGCAAUACGUCAGACAACUCCACAACCAAUUAUUACAAAAUCUUCUACUACCACUGGGCAUUCAAGGGCAACAAUGGCUCCAAAAGAAACACUGCUCAUUCCUUCCAAACCCAAAACAUCUGUCUGGCCAGAAGUACCACAAACUAAACCUGCUCCAAGGGCAACACACCUGGGAUCAAUUAACCUUGUAACAGUUCAUGUUGUUGAUGGGUCCAAAAUACCUUUGGUUCCCAAUGAAACAUACCACAUUUCACCCAAGCCAAAAAUUGCUCAAGCAACUGAAAUUCCAUGGUUCAAUACAGCACCUCAUAAAACACGUCUCACCUCUGCAAGACCAAAGCCAUCGGAUAAAUCACAGACUAGACCUGUUUUUAGUAAAACCACACAAGCACCAGCCAGAACAAAAGCACCUGGACUGCCACAGUGGAUUGUGCCAACAACAGGUGAUAUGUACAUACCUGAGGAUAUUACUGGGCAAGUUGCUGUGGAUGUAAAAAAACCUUGGGAAUAUAUUGAUACCUGGGAAAAGCCUAUUUCUGUAACUACACCACCUGGCCCUCAGCGCCCUCCUAUACUUCCUGCCAAGCCUACACAAAUGAGAAGAAAACCUCUGCCUCCAAACACCGUGACUGGUAAACCCGGGAUUCCAGCUAAGCCUGCUGGACCAACACUGCCUGUGAGGACAGGAACGUCAUAUAGGACACCAACAGCUUUUGCAACUCCAGAGUAUUAUGUUGAUGAAACUGUCUUCAGCUCAAGUCCUACAUCAGAAACAGAUUCUUCAGGCAAACCAAGGUACCAAGCUCCCCAUGUGAAGUACAUGAAGAAAGACGAUGAUGUGCCUUGCUCUAUCACAAGCUCUCUUGAACAUUUUCCUCAAGAAGAAGGUGGAAGCAAGGAAGAACCCACUCGUCCUCCACAAAAUCCUCCAACCAAUCUCACAGUGGUGACUGUUGAGGGCUGUCCAACCUUUGUCAUAUUGGACUGGGAAAAACCAGACAAUGACACUGUUACAGAGUAUGAGGUUGUGUCAACUGAAAAUGGAGGAAGUGAUGGUGAAAAGGAGAAAUCAAUUAUCACUACAAAUCAAACCCAUUCUACUGUGGAAAACCUAAAACCUGACACAAGUUAUGAAUUCCACGUGAAACCUAGAAACCCUCUUGGUGAAGGUCCAAGCAGCAAUGUUGUGUCAUUCAGUACUGAAUCAGCGGACCCAAGAGUGAGCGAGCCAAUUUCAAUGGGAAAAGAUGCUAUCUGGACUGAAAUCCCAUUCAAUUCAGACACAUAUUCAGAAUGCAAAGGCAAACAAUACGUCAAGAGGACGUGGUAUAAGAAGUUUGUAGGUGUGCAGCUGUGCAAUUCUUUGAGAUACAAAAUAUACCUCAGUGAUUCACUUACAGGAAAAUUUUAUAACAUAGGAGACCAGAGGGGCCAUGGAGAAGAUCACUGCCAAUUUGUAGACUCAUUCUUAGAUGGAAGGACAGGACAGCAAGAAGAUCUACCAGUCAAAGAUGGAUUUUUCAGGGCAGUUCGUCAGGAACCUGUCAAAUUUGGAAAAAUAGGUGGGGAGACUCAAAUUAACUACGUCCGCUGGUACGAGUGUGGCACAUCAAUCCCUGGGAAGUGGUAGAUGCGACAUGAAGUUGGUGAAGAUGUGCCACUCCCACCCCACUGCCCAGCGCAGGCUCGAGGACGGCAAUGCUUACGGUGUGCCUGGCACUUCAGUGCCUGCUCAUGUGCCAGGGUUUAUACAAGUCUCAUGCCAAUACUGCAUUCAUUGUGUAAUAGCGUAGGCUGCUUACUGUAGUUAUCCAGUUUUACAAAUUUGUUUUUAGAUUAAAAACACAAACAGGCUAGGGACAUGUUGUAGGAUAAUGUAUAGGGAAGCUGGCUCCCUAUUCUUGAGGUAUGGUUUAUAUGGUAUUUUAAAAGAUACGGUGUGUCUAUUAUUUAUCGUGAUGUUGUAAUAAAUGUUUAAGGCACAGAUAUGGCAGAGUUGGUCACGGAAUGCAAUGUACGUUAGUUUUUAAAUAUUCCCUGGUCUUCUUGUAAUGCAAGUGCCAUAAGCUACCUGUCCAGAUCCAUCUGUAAUGUCUCCCAGUCAUAAAUUAUAGAAAAGAUUCUACAGUUUUUAAUAUCCUGCAGCCAGUAAACUUGAAGCACUUUCUUCUUACACGUACAGUUUAUACUCCUGCCAAAAUGCCGAGGUAGGUUGCUAUAUGUGCAGCUUUAAAUUAUCAAAUUAGCAUGGGGGGGCAUCUGUUUGUUUUCAAAUGCUUCAACUCCAGCAAAAGCCAUGUUUGACCUGUCAUUAUGGAGUCAGAGCUGCUGCCCAUGAGCGUGGCAGUGGCUGGCGGGUGGGUUUGGUUUUCUCUAAUUAAAGUGGACAGGUACAUACAUACAUGGAAUGAAACAAUGAAACUUGGCUUCCACAGCUGGGGUUUUGCAUGAAAAUGUAGUCUUCAGACACUGAGACUUACUGGUUCAAAAGCCAAAUGUAUGUACUAUGCAGGGGAACUUGGAAAGACAAAUGAGAGGAAAAAAAUAAGCUAGUUAUAACAGCAUGAUCAGGUUUAUUUUAUUUAAGAAGAAAAAUUGUGAUCUAAAACAUUUUUCAUUGGGGACGAAGGGGAAAUAAUGAUAACUGAACUUUAAAACUGCUUUACAGUUACUUUGAUUAAAACCUCUCCCAAAGCUACUUGUUGUACUGCUUGAACAUUUAUGAACUAAAUAAAGAGAUGUAGGUUUUUUU